CUGAUUUGUAGGGAUUAAAUAAUAAAGUGCUUGUUAAUAAAUCGAGUAUCUUUCAAACAUCACAAUUGGCGACGAGGACGUUCAAUAAAAUAACGAUUAAUCAAAUUAUUGCAGUGAAAAAAUCAGAAAAUAAAUGUUAUGUCGAACCCAGUGCUCGAACCGGCGUGAUUGUCUUUGUUUCAUGUGAAAAGUAACCUACAAAAUAGACCAAUGAGUCAAAUCACCGAAAAUAGCAGUCUUGAAGAUAUAAUCGUAGAAUUAAACAAAGGAAAAAGAGGUUGUAUUUACUACUGUAACAAAGAACAACUAGUAGAAUUAGCCACCUACUUACAACUAGACAGUACAGAUAAGACCGUGGACCAACUUCGGAAACUCAUAAGUGAAAAACUGAAAUCACAAGACCAAACACAGAAAACAAUGUCACACAACGAUACAAAUAUCAAACCGUUCGAUGGCACAAAUUGGGAAGCAUUCGAAAAACAAUUGCAAUGUUUACUUAUAGUAAACAACAUACCAGCAGAUAAGAAAGUGCCACUACUAAUUACAAAAUUAACCAGUACCGUUUUCGACAACAUUCUAAACAUUUGUGAACCAGAAUCACCACUGACAAAGUCUUAUGAUGAGUUGUGCAGUCUUCUAAAGAAAAAUUAUACAAAUACAAAAGCACCAUCAAUUAACAGAAUGGAAUUCAGAAAAAGGAACCAAACGGCAAGUGAAUCGAUUGACCAAUAUAUCACAGAAUUACGGAAAAUAGCCCGAACAUGCGGAUUCAAGGACAUAGAAGAUCAAAUAAAAGAAAAAUUUAUAGACGGGUUGACUUCAAACACUAUAAAGUUAGAAUUGUUGAAAAAUUCAGAAUUAUCACUAGAAAAACUAGUUAUCUUGGCUCGCAGCAUUGAAGCAGCUUUGAAGACAACAGAGACAUCAGAAUCAAAAAACAUAACACCAAUGUUUAAGAACACCUCAGUUAAUUAUAGAAACACAAAUACCAGACGAGGUCAAGGCCGAAGCGGACUGACAAGUGCAAAUUCAAGAAUGUGUUAUUGCUGCGGAAAAACCAAUCAUAUACGUACAGAGUGUUCACUUCAGAAGAAAUAUUGUUCGGAGUGUGGAAGACAGGGGCAUAUAUAUAAGAUGUGCCCGAACAACAAGAUGCGACGGUCCACUAACAUGGUCUCAACGGACGAGCACAAACCAGAAGGUGAAGGCAAUGAAGACAAUUUUGAUGGCUCCUUAGCACCUUUGUUUCAAGAAUAUGAAGUAAGGUCACUAGGUAGGCAGAACAAUUAAUUAAGAGGAAGUUCGCAGAAGUAUUCUCACCUGGCUGGGGAAACUUUGAAGGCGAGGAAAUAACUUUAAAACUGAAACCAGAUGUCACUCCUAAAUGUCUACCAGUAAGGCGGGUGCCAUUCUCUCUUCGAGAUAAGGUAAAAAAUGAAAUCUCUAGAUUAUUGGCUAAUGGAAGAAUAGAACCCAUAGAACAUAGUCAAUGGGGAACCCCAGUUGUUCCAAUAUUAAAACCCGAUGGGUCAGUGCGUCUGUGUGGAGACUAUAAGCUAACCCUUAACCCUAACCUAGAGAUUGAUCAUUAUCCGCUGCCACAUGUAGAAGAAAUAUUUAAUUGCUUAAAGGAUGGACGAUACUUCUGCGAACUAGAUCUGAAAGAGGCUUAUUUACAAGCCCCAUUAAGCAAAAAGUCACAAGAAUGCACUACAAUUGUGACAGAGUUAGGAACUUUUAAAUAUAAAUAUCUUCCAUAUGGUGUGAACACGGGCCCUGGAUCUUUUCAAAGAUUAAUGAGCAAGAAAUUGGCAAACAUUCCUAAUGUAAUAGUAUUUAUAGACAAUAUAUAUAUGUCAGGCAAAGACCUGGAAUCCACCUUGGAAACACUAUGUAAAGUACUAGAAAAAUUAAAACAGUGUGAAUUUAAACUUAAACCAGAAAAAUGUAGGUUUUUUCAAAACUAUAUUGAUGUGUUCAGUUAUAGAAUAAAUAGCAAUGGAAUAAGUGUAAUAAAGAAAAAUAUUGAUCCUCUGCUGAGAACACCGCCACCAACAAAUUUGACAUUAUUGAAAUCAUUUCUAGGUAAAAUAAAUUAUUAUUCGCGUUUUUUAAAGAACAUGGCUAGCAUAUUAACACCCUUGUAUGACUGUACAAAGAAAAAUAAAUUUGAAUGGACACCUCAGUGUGAACAAGCAUUUGAUGCAAUCAAGUUAAAACUGGCAUCAGUUCAAAGUUUAAGACACUAUGAUCCAGAUUUGCCUUUAAUUUUAACAUGUGAUGCAUCAGAUGUAGGGGUGGCAGCGGUGAUCUCAAACAGGGAAUCAAAUGGUACUGUCAAACCAAUUGCAUUCGCUAGUAAAAAACUGACUUUAGCAGAACAAAGGUAUUCAACAAUAGAUAAAGAAGCGUUUGCAAUCAUAUUUGGUGUGACUAAAUUUUAUAACUAUACGUAUGGGCGCAGUUUUGAACUGGAGACGGACAAUGCAGCCUUAGUCAGAAUAUUUGGUCCUAACAAGUCAAUACCAAAAAUGGCUGCAAAAAGAUUGCAGCAUUACGCAAUAUUUUUGUCUGCAUUUAAAUAUAAAAUAAGACAUAUUAAAACAAACCUUAACCCUGCAGAUUAUAUGUCUCGCACCGUUGUGGAGAGCCAUAAUGUAGAAUUACAUAAACUAUGUAAAGAGGGGGAUAUAGGAAAUACAUAUUAUACAGAUAGUAGUGAAUUAGAAGUGCUAGAUUGGAAAUUAAUAAAAAAAGAAACAAUGAAAGAUUGUAAUCUGUCAACUGUAAUACGUUAUUUAGUAGAUGGAUGGCCAAGUAAGGAAAUCAUAGAUUCAAAUUUAUUGCCAUACUUCAACCGAAAGGAUGAAAUUAGUACUGAUAGAAAUUGCCUAUUUUGGGGCUAUCGAAUCAUAAUUCCACAUUCACUACAACACAAGGUAUUACAGGAGACACAUAAGAGCCACUUCGGGAUUGUAAAAAUGAAAGAAAUAGCCCGGUCAUACUUUUGGUGGCCUGAACUCAAUAAACAGAUAGAACAAAUUACCAAAAACUGCAUGGCUUGCCUAAGUAACAGUAAAAAUCCAACAAAAAUUGUGAAAUUGUGGCCAGUAGCGCCAUCAACUUGGUACAGACUUCAUGCCGAUUUCAUUGGACCAUAUAAAAAAAAGAUGUUUCUGGUAAUUAUUGAUAGUUACUCAAAAUGGGCAGAGGCUUUUAUUAUGAAUGAUAUUACCACUAAAACAACAAUAGAAGUUUUUAAAAAUUUAUUUGCUAGGUAUGGUUACCCAAAUCAGCUUGUCACAGACAAUGGAACAAGCUUUACCAGCGCCGAAUUUAAACAGUUUUGUAAUUUAACUCAAAUUAAACAUACAUUCUCACCACCAUACCAUCCCGCCACAAAUGGUGCUGCGGAGAAAUUUGUGGAAACAUUUAAAAGUCAUAUUACUAAAAUUAUGGACAGUGGGCACAACAUAACAUCAGCAAUGAAUCUCUUUUUGUCUGAUUAUCGUUCCACACCGCACAAAAGCAAUGGCGUGACGCCAGCGCGAUUAAUGCUGGGGAGAGAGCUCAGGAACAGAUUUUCACUGUUGCGACCACCUCCUGUAUCUUGUAUACAAUAUGAAAAUAAAAUUAAACAAAAUAAUUAUAGUAGUGGUGACCGUAGUGUAGAUUUUAAAAUAGGACAGAGUGUUAUGGUUAGGGAUUACCGGAAGGGAUUCAAACCAUGG